AUGGGCUGUGUACCGUCAUCUUCCAGGUUGAACUCUUCCUUGCACGAGACGACGCAGCCGAUCGUUCCAGAGUCUCACCGAGAACGGUUCGAGAAGCGAAGAAGCCAAGCCAACAACCAAGAAACCGUCAACCCACUCGGAACACCAAAGGUCAAGAAAAAGAAGGGAUCCAAGCAACCAACCAAUGGGAGAAAUACUAAUUUAUUUCCUUACUAUGAUCGUCUUCCACCAAAGUCCAAAAAGUGCAAGGUGAAAUCCGUGUACGACGGCGAUACCAUCACUCUCUACAACAAGCGGCGCGUACGACUGCUCGGCAUUGACACGCCAGAACUACAGCCCAAACAAGCAUUCUCGGAAGAAGCCAGAGAAUACACGAAAGAACGCUGUUUGGAGCAACACAUUUGGAUAUCGUUUGAAACGGGUGGAGAGCAAGAAGAUCGAUUUGGGAGACUUCUGGCUUGGGUAUGGAUCCCCAACGAUGACGGCACUUUUGAAUGUGUCAAUGAGGGAUUGUUGAAAGAAGGGUUAGCGUCAGUCUACACACCCUCCAAAAGCACCAAGCUGAGCAGCAAGAACAAGCUACUGGCGCUUCAAAAGGAGGCGAAAGCCUCCAGACGGGGCAUGUGGCGCCGCUUUCGGGACUAUGAUGUUGUGCAAACAGCGUACGGGACAGCCUUUCAUCACAAGGAUGGCAAGUGCGAGCAUUUGAAACGAUCCAAAAAGUUAGUGACAACGUUGGCCAGCACGGCUCUCGACGAAGGACGCCACGCCUGUCGGACUUGCCUCGCAGAAGAGGAUCAUACUGAAACAACCAGGUCUUCCCACGUAUCGGUCUACUAA